AUGGAAUUUGGCAACGAUACUGACAAUAACUCCAGCAGCUAUGAAUGUGACUACGAUGACUGGAGUUCUUCCAAAAUCCUAAUUCCUUCAAUCUAUUUGCUUGUUUUUUUCCUGGGCACCACUGGCAAUGGUUUGGUGCUGUGGACCAUUUUCCGAGGAGGACAAGAAAAGCGACGCUCAGCAGAUACAUUCAUUGCAAACCUGGCAAUAGCUGAUCUGACUUUUGUGGUCACUUUGCCCCUAUGGGCCACCUAUGUGGUCCUGGACUACCAUUGGUCUUUUGGCUCUUUUGCCUGCAAGCUCAGCAGCUAUCUGGUCUUUGUCAAUAUGUACGCCAGUGUCUUCUGCCUCACAGGGCUCAGCUUUGACCGCUACUUGGCUAUCGUUCGCCCCAUAGCCAAUGCCAAGCUGAGGUCCAAAGCUAGUGGACUUCUAAUGACCAUUGUGCUCUGGACUAUGGCGGCUCUCUUGGCCUUGCCAGCCAUGAUUUUCCGGAGGACUGGAGUAUUCCUUGGGAGUGACAAAGUGACAUGUUUCAUGGAUUAUUCAAGUGUGGCAACCAACAAGACUGAGGCAGCCUGGGAAGCAGGGCUUGGCUUGUCCUCUACCCUGAUGGGAUUUGUAAUCCCCUUCGCCAUCAUGCUGAUUUGCUACUUCUUCAUUGCCCGUACGAUUGCAGGUCACUUCCGAAAGGAGCGCAGUGAAGGGUUGAGGAAACGGAAGCGCCUGCUAACCAUUAUCAUUGUCCUUGUGACCACUUUUGCAAUCUGCUGGCUCCCCUUCCACUUGGUGAAAACCAUCUACAUGCUAAUGGACUGGGAGGUGAUGCCCUUGUCCUGCAGCUUCCAUGCCUUUCUGAGCAAUCUCCACCCGUACUGCAGCUGCUUGGCCUAUGUCAACAGCUGCCUCAAUCCUUUUCUCUAUGCCUUCUUUGAUCCACGGUUCCGACAAGCUUGUACGGCUGUCCUCUGCUGCACGUCAGGGCAUUUGCCUGGAGCUGCUGGAGACAAGUCAGCCAGCUAUUCGUCUGGUCAUAGCCAGAACCAUCUAGGGAAGAACAUGGAAACAGGGCAGGAGAAACACUGUCCUGACAGCCAAGAGACUUUGCUUCAUGAGUAAAAAUGGAAUAAUACCCAGAAGCCCUGAGAAACUUUGCAUACAAUGAGUCUCUCCUCACCCCUUCUCCUUUCAAUUCUUUUCCCUUGCAUCAUUCUACCAUGGGAUUCUGUUUCUAUUCUUAAAGUUGCAUUUUUAAUUUUUUAAAAUUGGUAAGUCUGUUUUAACUGACAUAAUAUUCACCCCUUCCUUCUGUGUUCUGCUUGGUUAUCCGCUGUAGCAAUUUCUAUGUUAUACAGGGAUGAUGCUAGGAAAGGGGGGAAAAGGCAUUUCCUUCUGUUCUAAAACACAAUCCUGCAUACACAGCUGGUGGUUCUUUUAAUGAAAUUUACAUGGACUUUUAAAUGGACUCAUAGAGGCUUGGGCUGGUUAUCUGCAGACCUGAGCUUUGAAAUGUUCUGAAAACUCGCAAUAGGUUUUUGAAAUGUUCAAUGAAACAAUAGAACUGUGCACAAGUUUCAUGAAAUCAGGGGGUUCAUUUUUAAGGGAAUGCACUUGGGAGGUUGCUGCAUAUCCAGUCUGUCUAUAGUCAUGCUUUGAUGUUUCAAGCCAGCUCCUGUUAUGCUUCGACCCUACACCCCAGAUUUUCUUACUUUUCCUUAUCAUGCCACUUUGAAGCAUGGUUUCUUGGCAACUUCUAAUUCCUUGAUUUCCCUUCUUCUAUUGGAAGAAAUUAUUGCAGCCCCUGAAAUUUCGAGUUUUAAUAUUCACCACAACAGAGAACUGGCACCAUGGACAGAAAACUUGUCUGCAAACCUAUUUCUUUCUAUGUAUGAAGGCAGCUUCUUCAAACAGAUAGCAAUUGUAGUUUGUUCUUUGCUCCAUGCCUGUCCUGUCAAGUAAAGGCUCUCAAUUGAAAACUGUUUUUUUAAAAUACAUGAAUGGUUCAUCAGCAAAAUUUCCCUCCAUUUUCUUUCUUUC